AUGAGACGCAAUGUCAUUACGACUCCAAAGGAUUCCCCUCAGCUGGCUUAUUACCUUUUCUACACUCGUUCUUUUGUUCAUUCUCGAAUACUUGUCAUCUAUCCCCGACAACCGGAGACGAAAAACAGUUUAUUCACAAUGGAACUAACAAGAAUGAAUCCUUGUUGAAUCGUAGAUUUACUUUACUACUCGUCAUUGGAGUUGGGAUGGAUUGGUCAAAAUCCAAAAGAAUUUACUCGCUUACUCAAUGGUCUCACUAAAUUAAUUGAUGUAAUUGCUCGUUUAAAUACCUCGCAAAUAGAGGUUCCAAAGGUGCGGGAGUACUUUGAUCCUUCCUUCAAUCUGACUGAAGUCUUGGAACAGCUAGGAAUCUCAGCAAAUGCGGCAAAAGCUAUAAGCGAGUCACGGCUUACUCCACAAUUCUUCAUACAUUCCUAUUCUUAUGCUCAGGAACUUACGUCCUCAUCUAUAUGGCAACUUGCACUUGGCGCAUUCAAUUCGGUGCCGAUACUUUGCAAUCAAACCAUCUUUAGAGAGAGCUUCUUGUUACCAGCA